GAUCAUGAUCGAAUUUCGUCGAAGUUCUUUUUGGCAGAUUUAAACGAGAUAAUCAUUGCGGUUCGAACCACCCGCAGAUAUCACGAAAAUCGAGCCAAAGAUAUCACUGAAACAUGGUUUCAACUUGCACCCCAUAAUAUAUAUUUUGUGACAGAUUCCGAAGAUGAGACAUUCAAUAAAUCGACCAGAAAUCAUGUGAUAGUCGCGAAUGAAUGUGAUCAGCAACAUACAAGAAACUAUCUGCGAUCCACUGUACAUUUGCACACAAUUUUCAGAUGGUCUUGUCAUUUCGAUGAUGAUAACUAUGUUAAUUUGAUGGAAUUAUCUCAUUUAUUGAAGCAGUUAAACCCAAGUAAAGACUGGUAUUUGGGUAAACCAUCCACAACUGGUCCAAUCUCUGUUGAUUCCAAACAUGAUAAGGUUAAAUUUUGGUUUGCAACCGGUGGAGCUGGAUUUUGUUUAUCGAGAUCGCUCAUCACUAAAAUGGGCCCAUAUAUUAAAAAUGGUGGGUUUGAAAGGCUAGCUGAACAUUUGAAAUUGCCGGAUGAUGUUACUCUGGGAUAUCUAAUUGAGCAUUUAUUGAAUGUGAAAUUGACUGUAGUGAAUGGUUUUCAUUCGCAUUUAGAGGAACUUGAAACGAUUGAGCGGGAGGAUCUGUUCAAACAGAUUAGUUUUAGUGCUGGUGAUAGAAUGAACAGCAGAUUUGCGAAGAAUUUGGUCGAUGUACCGCAGGAAUAUGCAUUUGGAGAUGAUCCGCAACGGUUUCGUUCGUUGCAUUGUUUCUUGUUUCGACUGAAUUGUCGUCGUUAA